ACGUGUGCAGUCUUCAUAUAUAUAAUUCGGGAACACAACAGAUACAGGGCCUACUUCUUCUCUAUCUGGUGCCGACCAAUAUUAUUAUUAUUUUGCGGUGAAAGCUAGAUUAGGUUAUCACUCGCUGCAGAUUGUACCGAACCUCGUCUCUGGGUCUUUCAAGCCCAUGCAGUGUACUGGCGUUGACCGAAUCCACUCAAAUCUAUCUCGUCAUCGUAACAUGGCUUUCAUAAUAGCCGGCGCCGUUACGGCAGCGGCAGUUGGAGUUGCGGGCGCAACGGCGGGUCUGGUUAAACGCUUCAUGGACCGGUUCGUCGUCGUAGCAAAUGACACGCCGCAUCCGAUCUCCGUAGUUGUGGAGCAUCCCCAGGGUAAAAGCCAGUCCGUUAUUGAGGCAGGAGAGUCCAUGAAGUUCACCGUAUCUAACAACAAACCGAUCUCAAUCAAAGUUAAGAGGAGCACCAAACCGACGUACGAAGCAGAAGUUUGCGAUUACGAUUACCGCAACUUCAUCGUAAGGAAGGCAACGACGGGUGAUCUGGUGCUCGUCCGAGCAAAGAAAUUUAAGAUAUGGGAGGCCCAGCCCUGUAAGACGCACAAUAAACAUGAGGACUUUGUAAAAGUGAGUUCGCUGGAUCUGGGCCAAAUCUAUUAAACGCUAUCUCAUAUCAGCUUCGUCUGGACACUCAGGGACAAUGUACGGUGGUUAUCUCAUGGCCCUGCGUUGGAAGCGGGAUUUAACCUCAAUCACCACCACUAGAGAGUGAAGCCCCCGCCCCCCUCCUCCCUUUAUUGCCGCUUGUCGAAAUUUUAAGUUUCCUUACCGUAAUCCCUUUCAGUCAGGAGUUAAACCUUUAUUUUCAUGUCAAAAGUUUCUUGACGACAGUCUCCUUCAUCAUUCGAAAGUGAAGAUCCUUUUUCAUGCUUGUCAAAAUUAAGGUGUUGUGUCCUAUCAGUAUUUUAUAACUUUACUCCCGGUACUUUACUCGGUAUAUGCUAAAGUGAUCGACAUUGAUGAAUCCGACUCAAAACCUACCAAUCACAUAUGAUAAAGGUAACGUAAGUUACACAAUAAAAAGACUGUUUAAAUUUUUAUACUAUGCUGCUUACUUUUAUGAACCUUACCGUUGUUUAAAGGGGGAGUUCACCCUGAGAAAAAGAUUAUCGUAAAAAUAGCAGAAACAAUAAAAAUAUUGGUGAAGGUAUGAGGAAAACGAUUUAAAGAUUAAAAAAGUUAUUAGAAUUCUAUUUUUGUUUAUGACGUCAUAUGUGAUCAGCUUCCCAUGACGAAUUACUUCACCUGAAAGAAAAAAAAAUAUGAUGCAUUUUAUAUUACAUAACGUACGCCUAAUAUGGAGCAGCCGCUCGUAUAUGACGUCACAGACAAAAAAAUAAAUUCGAAUAACUUUCUUAAUCUUUGAUGGAAUUUCCUCAAACCUUAACUUUUUUAUAAUAUAUAUUUUUUUCUGGUAUAUACAGCAAACUUCUUUAAGGUGGUGUCGUAACUCGUAACUCUGCUCGUUAUACAAUUAUAUGCUACAGCACGACACUGCCCAAACCGGACCCGUUUUUAAAUAAGGUAAUGGCUUUGGUCGCUCUGGGCCCCGUUGCAUAAAAGUUUCCAUUAUGGUAUCCUUGCCAUCCAAUGAUAACUGGUCUGGAAUCCUUGAUUUUGAUUGGCUGGGGAUCAGCGAUACCAUGGGAGUUACCAUUGGAUGGCAAAAUUACCAUUAUACUUUUAUGCGACCGGGCCCUGGAGUCGGUUUCGUUGGGUUGAAGGUCGCACGGGCCUAAUCACAACUGGCAGGCCAUAGAUAUUCAUUCGAGCCAACCCAUGGCUCAAUUUUUAAAUUUGAUAUUGCUGAUUGACAAAAAUGAAUGAAUAUGACUGACACUCUAACACUGAUUCUAGGGAGGGUACCUACUGAACUUACUUUUUCCAAAUUGGAAAGAUAUAUCACCACUAUGGAACUAUAUUUUUACUGCCGGAAGAAUUAGGGUAAGUUUACUCUCUCAAGUGAUGAAUUUGGUCCCGGCAGGUGUAGUCUUCAUAAAUGCUGAUUUAUUUUUAAAAUGAGCCGGUCGAGGUACCCUUUUCUGGUCAGAUAUGGAAUGUCAGACAUUUAUCCUAUCCACUGGUAGUAAACAUCCAACCCUCGAAUUUCCUCCUUAUUUUUUAUGAAUUCUUUUUAAGUGCCACUUUAACACAAGAGUCUAUGGGAAAUGAAUUAGGCCUGUGAGCCCUGAACUGUGACAUACCUUCUCUUAGCAGGGUGCCGAUUUUAGAUUCUCAAUAAUUUUGUAUACCCACCAUCAGCUCACGUUCCAGUUUUCGUUUUAAUGAUAAUAUCAAGCGAAGUCGAACUCUUGAUGCAAAUUUAUAAUUCAUCUUAAUUUCAUAAGAAAAUUUACCCCAGGUAAAAUCGAAAAUUUAUUUUUUUAUUUUAUGGGCAAUACAUUGUCGGUAAGAAAUUUGUCAAUGUUUCUCUGAAAAGAUGUGUUUCGCAUGCAUUUAGAAUAUGGAGAUGUUAUUUACAAUGUAAAAAAAAAAUUGAUUUUCAUAUUAAAGUCAUCGGUCAAUGCUUCGGUAACUUUUGUUUGAUAUAGGAUUUAGAAGACCCCCAAGUGGACAAUGCAAAACAUACAUAAUAAAGCUUCAUGGUCUUUUGAUCCGAAUGACUAGAAUAUUUAUGAUGUGCCAUAAUGUAAUAAAGGCUUUCUGUAAUCCCUUACAGAAGGUUCUUUUUAUAUCAUUCUUUCUUAUCACAUAAAGUUAUUUGAAAAUGUAGACACAUACGAAAAAAAAAUUCCUUCAAAAUAUUUCCCCGGACUUUCUCUAGUUUUCAAUUUAAAUCCCCAAUCUUACGAUCUUUAUACUCUUAAUAUCAUACAUGUAUCUAAAUUUUAUAUUGUAAAUAUGUUUCUCCUUAAUUGUUUUACAUUUUGUUUAUGUCUGUAUUUGUAAGUCAAUCAUAAUAUAACCCUAUAUGUUUUCAUAUAUUAGAGACCUCUUUGUAAAACAGUGUUGAUGUGUUAUCAAUGUUGAGUAGGGCAAUCCUUCCGUCUUUUUACUGAUAAUUUCUUUGUAAUUGGCAUUGUUAUUUUUUUUAUUGACGGAUAAAGAUUACAAUAAAAUACAAUUUUAGCUUGUGAAUAAAAUCGAACAUUUCCAAGUUUACAAACAAAAAUGGCAUACAUUAAUUCAAUUUCACAUGUCUGUUUUUUAUGAAAAGGAUCCCUUUUCCGAAUCAGAUUCGGUGUCCUCCUAAUUGUAUAUAAGAAAGCUACAAAUGAAUAUUUUAUCCUGAUAUAUUCCAUCUCAUUCUGCUAGCUCCUAAGAUUCUGGUUUCAUAUAUACCGAAGACAGAAAACCCAAUUAAACAUAAUCACAUACUCUCUUUUGCCAAAAAUCUUUCUGUCUAAACAUUGAACUAGAAUUUUGAUAUGUAUUACAUUAAAAUGAGCGGAAUACUCAUGUUUCUCUUGUUGCUAGUGUACCAAUAUCUUGAAUAUGUUGAAAGAUAAGCAUUAAAAAAACAUAAACGCUAACGCGUUAAAAAUGCUAUGAAAUAGUGUGCAUUGAUGUUGAGUAUCGACGAAUGGAUUUUCCUUGGGGUGCUGCGUGUAUUUAUCUCCGUAGGCAGCAUCCCCUGGAAUAUAUAGGUGUGACAAAAUAAAGAAAUGUAACCG